AUGUCUUACGGCCAAGUGGUUAUAAAUUUAUUUGGUGGUCGUUCACCACUAUGUUUCACAGUCCCUUCCGAUGUCUCGAUUCAUCAAGUCAAAGCCGAGGUGGAGUUGCGAGCAGCAAUACCUAUUGCUGAACAGCGAUUUACGACACUUGGGGGAAAACCUUUCGAUGACAAUUCAUCUGUCUUCCAGGAAAGUAACAAGGAGUUUGUUACUCUGAAUUUAAAUUUAAGACUGCUAGGUGGAAAAGGUGGGUUUGGGAGCAUGUUGAGAGCUCAAGGUGGUAAAAUGGCUAGUCAGAAGACGACCAACUUUGAAGCAUGUAGAGAUCUCAAUGGACGCCGUUUACGGACUAUUAAAGAGGCUAAAAGGUUGGCAGAUUAUCUUGAGAAGGAGCCAGAACGAAAACGCGCAAGAGAAGAGAAAAUUCAGAAGAAGAUAGAUGAGGGAUUACAAGAGCAUCCGGCCAAAAAGUGUCGGUUUGACGAUAAUAAGUAUCUACAAGAUAGCCAAGAAAUUAUUGAAAACGUUAAAAAUACAGUUGCUGAAGUGAUGAAAUCAAAAAAACCCGUUUCACGUUCUUCGAAAAAACAGUCCAUAUCUGCAUUGACAAUGUGGGACGAUGUGUCGGAUGAUGCCUCUGACGAUUCUUCUGACGAUGCCUCCGACGAUGGUGUCUCGGAUAACGGUGGGAGCAAUGAAGUUUCGGCCGAGUCCGAAGCAGAGACCAGUUAUUCUGAUUAUACAAAUUCUCGCGAAGGCAGCAGCGAGUAA